GGUGCGCAUCCAGUUUCGUCUCUUUACCUGCUUUCUUGCCACCCAUUGUCCGUGGUCCUCUUUUCUUUUGCCCUGGGGGCAUAUCCAUUCCUUUUACCAUCCUCUUCCUCUCCGCCGUUGUCCUUGUCGACCUUUGGUAGCUGGAGCCGGCUCUGCGCUCAUUAUUUUACACGUCUUCCACCGCUAUUCACCCAUUUCAAGCCAUUUCGCGCGUAACUUUCAAGAUGCUCGGGACAUCUUCUCCAAUGGUUCUCCUACAGCUCUCUCUCCUUUUCUUGGGUCUCGUCAGAGCGGCUCCCAUAGCCAUUCGCCAGGACGCGGCAUUGACACUGGCUAAUGUCCUCUUGUCGCAACCCACCACUUUCACACUUACUGAUACUGUGCAGACGAAUUCGGGCACUAUGAUUGAAACAUGUUUGAUUACUUUGACUCCCAUAAAGGGUUCAAAUGGAGAGGACCUGGUGCAGGAAGAGAAGACGUGCACUUUGGUACCUGCUAGUGCAGAUCCGUCAAAUAACAAUUCACCACCUGGAAGUAGCUCAGACAGUGCAUCCGCGUCCACGGCUGCUCCCACGUCGACGGAUUCCAACACUGCUGCUAGCACGAGCGUUGCUGCGACAUCUACUUCAGACACAUCUGUGCCUUCUGCUACAUCGACAGACGCAUCCUCUGCUAUACAAACAGACUCAUCCAUAUCCUCUGCUACACAGAAAGACUCAUCCACAUCCUCUGCCACACAAACAGACGCAUCCGCAUCCUCUGCUACGUCAACAGAUGCAUCCGUUUCCACCGAUAGCUCAGUGUCUGCCACAGCUACUUCUCAAGCUGUAUCUUCGGAGUCUGCGAGCGCAAGUGCAAGUGCAUCUGCUACUGGCAGUCCCGUGAUCUCGGUCAUUGGUAUUUCCUCUAUCGCUGCGUCCGCCGUGUCAACAGACAGCAGUGCUUCCACUUCCUCUGCUUCGGCGUCAUCAGCAACUGCUGCCCCAUCGGGUAACCCUGUCAUAUCUGUUGUUGGAACGUCUUCCAUUGCUGCUUCAGCCGUAUCAAGUGGCACGCCAACGGUAUCUUCUGCGGUGUCUUCUGCAUCAUCAGCGGCGACCACUGCCUCUCCAGCAGCUACGUCAGCGGCCGAUUCCUCCAGUUCUUCUGCAUCGUCGGCCGCGGCUGCUGACGCUACAGGCGCUGCUGCUGCGGCUGCAGCGAACUCACCAUCUGGUACUGCGGCAGCGGACUCGGCAAGUUCCAGCCCACCCGCCUUCCAGAUUCCUGGAAAGAAACUCUCAGUCUUGCCAAUUGGUUUGGGAGUCUUCGCCGGAGUAUCCGCAAUCGCUCUGAUUGUGGUCGGCUUGGUAACGUACGAACGUACGAAGUACCGCAAGGCCUUCCGUCAGCGCAAGCUCGCAGAACAAGGCACGAAUAUGGGUUAUGGUGGCAUGGCACAAGCUGCCUAAGCUUAUAACCUAUUUAUAUACUUUCGUAACAUGUAGACGAGGCUGGACACACGUCUCAACGGCGAUCCUUGAGGAGGUUAUUUCUGUUCUUUUUUUUUUGGUGUCUUUCCCGCUGCCUUUGCUGCUGUUUCAGCCGCUGUAUAUUAUGUAAUGCAUCCUGACCCACCAAGCUCCACCCAAGCAUUUUGUGUACAUAACAUUCUGUUGCUUUCCUGCUUUUCAUUGCAGUUGUGCUUUCGAAGUUCGGGGUGUCAUACAAUCAUCCUCUGCACAGCACUUUGGCACUUUUCUCUCUCAUCUUCGUUAUCCUUUGUUCUCUCUUCACGGAUUCAUGGGGCCGGUCAAGACUGUAGACAAACUAACUGUUACUUUCCUCGUCGACAAUUCAAUAGAAUGGUCUUGUUGCAGUCACC